UUAAUUUGUGGCCUAGUAUAAAAUUAGACAAAGAAGAUCAAUCAUUAUUUAUAAAUGUGAAAAGAUAUCCUUCUUUUCCUGUGACAAAGUAGUUUUAAUUGUGUUGAAAUCGAGGAAGGGAUAUUUUAAAAUAAAGCGAAAUUUCCCUAAACUGUGUGACUAUAGCAGGGAAACAUUCACCGAUAUAUUUUACAGUGCUAAACAUUUGAUAGAAUAUUACACAUGUCUAUCAGUCGAAUCUAGAACAACAUGUCGUAUUCAAGUGAGCUAUAGGAUCAUUGAAAACCAAAGAACAAGACAAAAGCCAAAGGGCGUGUUUGGCAAAAAGGCUAAAGCUAGAAAUUUCAUAUAGUGUCAUUCUCCAUCAUCUUUCUACCUGGAAUAAGAACUGCGAUGCUGCAAGAAAGCAUCAUUUUCUACAUUGUAUAUGUAACACUGGUUGCCGGCCAGGGUUCAGUACUUCCGGCAAGUAAUCAAGUCUGCUUGAUUGUUCCUCAGGACGUAGAACUAUGUUACAGAAAUUUCCAAGGAAAACCAAUCGAGGAUAAAGCUGCUCAAGUUAAUUGUUUACAGAAAUUAUUAUGGAAUUUUACACCAGACACAAACAACACAGAAGCGGAGAUUGCUUAUUUCAGAAGUUUAGCGGGUGAUGUGGGGGCGUAUAAAGCUUCUAGUAUACUUCGUAAUGGGAAUCCGCGACCACCUAGUGGAAGACGUGCUCGGCAAGAAUACCGCACUCUGACACAGCAAGAGCGGGACAGAUUUCAUAGAGCCCUGAACAAGUUGUAUGAGGAUGGAACGUUAAGUGCGUUUGCUCGACUAUAUGCACGUGCAUUUAGUUCUCAUCACAAUGGACCAUCUUAUUUACCUUGGCACAGGGUGUUCCUAGUUAUGUUUGAAGAAGCACUUCGGCGGAUUGACCCAAAAGUAGCUCUUCCAUUCUGGGACAGUACAAUGGACCAUGACAUGGAUAACCCUGUCAAUUCCGUUAUCUGGACGCCGCCAUACUUUGGUAAUGGAAUAGGUAACGUCAAAUCUGGUCCUGCGGCAAACUGGGUAACAGACAGAGGUAAUCUUGAGAGAAAUUAUGGCCAAGCAAGUCGGCUCUUUUCAAAGGAUCAUAUCCGUACGAUACUGUCCAAAUGUGAACUUCAGGACAUUUCGCAACCGACUGCAGACAUUGGCUAUGAUUUUGAGUUGUAUAAUGGGGGAGUGCAUACAUGGGUUGGCGGUGAUAUGGCUUCUCCCGACACAUCUGCAUAUGACCCUAUACACUACAUGCAUCAUGCUUUUACUGAUUACGUGUGGGAACUGUUUCGAAGAAGACAGUACCGCCGAUGCGGUAUAGACGCAACCCAAGACUAUCCUAAUGUACCUGCCGGUAAUAGCCAUGCACCCGAGUCACCUAUGACAGGAUUUGAAUGGUUGACGAAUUCAGACGGAUUGAAGCAUUAUUGGAUUGAUAAUUGGUAUUAUUAUGAGUCCACACCAUCUUGCCCUAACUGUUGUAGAGGUUGUCAAUAUCCUGCCCCAAUUUAUUGUGAGAGGCGCCGGAGGGUGUGUGUCGCGCGUUCUCGUAGAUUGUUUGCAUUUGGGCCGAGAACGCCGGCCACGAGUCCUGCAAAAGCAUUUGCACAAGCUAGUUUAGACAGAGAGGAGAUCGAAGCUCUCUCUGUUCCGUCACCACCUAUUAAUAGAGGUGUUAAAUAUCAACAUCCGCCCCAUGACGGUCGUACAAUUCACACUGCUAUAUCUGAUGCCUUUUCCGCAGCAAAUGAAGAAAGACUGGCUUCUCAACAAACCAAAGUAACGUCAAAUGAAAGAGACGUUUCGAGCAGACGAAGUUCACGACGUAGUAAAAGUAGUCGAUCGAGAAGAAGAGAAAUUCCUGAUGGCUGGGGACCUCCUCCUGAUAGGAAUUCUGACAGUCGGAGAACUUCAGGCGACAGAAGAGCCUUUUCAUCUGACCGAAUUUCUGCAUUUGAACGAGCACAAACCGCAGACAACACUUUACAUCAAAGUGAUAGAAGGGUAGGAUCCACUGCUCGUAGUCUAUCGCCAAAUAGAAGAAUAAAUCCAGACCCACGGGGAUCAUCCCCAGAAAGAAGAACUUUUGAAUCACCAAGGUCUCAAUUAAAGAGGAGAGUAUUCUCUGAUGAACGGCGGCCUGUGCAGGACAGAAGAUUUUUACAAGAUGGCCAAUUAUCUCGGCAUUCCCAGGGGGAUUUACGAUCCACUGAAAGAGGUAUAAUAGCUGCCUUUGCCGAUACUCGGGAUUUAAGACGUGCUGAUACAGUCCCUUCUACAUCGACCGAUCACAGGUCAUCACCAGUAGAAAGUCGGAUAAAGCCUCCUGGUGGGAGACUUUCACCACCACAAAAUCUCAUAACCCCAGAAUUGAGGGCAUUUUCAACACAAGGAGCAUCGAUAAUAGACAUGCGAAAUGUGAAAAUUGCCGAAAAAAGUCCUAGAAACAGAGGGCGGUUAAUUGAUGCCCCACCACGAUAAAAGAGCUUUACAGAACGUUUGUGACAUGGUUCGGUUUAACGUUGAGGAGAAGUUAAAACAGUGUUAUUUAAAUAAAUUAAGGAAUGACAGUGAUAAAAAUACUUUUAUAGUUUUUUUUGACAGAGACGUGCUAUAAUAGAUCACACGUAUUUUUUUAUAAGUUUAUGUAUUAUUCAUCCAGAAGGUCUUAGACCUAUGUAGCAAAACAUAUAAGAAUACAUAUAUGUCGACAAGGUAAAUGUAUCACAAAUACAAGUAUCAAAUUUAUACAUAAUUUGAUCAUUUUAAGUAAAUAAACAAGGGUACAGAAUUAGGGGUACAAAUUUCCCUAAGGAUUUUUAAUUGUGUAUAUGACAAAACGUCUUACUAUUCUCCUCAUUGGCCUCAUUUAGUUCACGUGUUAGAAUAGAUGCUAUCCUGAACUCGGCACGUCUGGCUUUUUCUAAGCUUAUCAACCGGUACAAAUACAUUUUGAGUUAUUUUUAUGUCUUGCUUUUUUCUAAUUGUCAUAAUGAUAAGCAUUAUUUUAUGGAAUAUGUCACUAGAAAGGAGACUAUGGUUUAUAUUUGGAACAUAAUAAAAGGAUCAAUUGCAAAAUCAUUCAUAUAGAGCAGCAUAUUGUUUACUUCGAUCUGGGAUAUACUGUUAUAUUAUGUCCCAGCUUCAAUGUAAUAUAAAGUAAUUAAAACAGAAACUUAUUUCAAUAUAAAACAAUGUCAGAAUACAUUUCAUUAUAAUGAAUGCAAAACGCAUUAUGAACUAAAAGCAAGACAAAAGCAUAGAGAAACAUAGAAAUUUACAUCUAAUCUGUCGUAUAUUUGAUUUAAUUUCACCUCCUUUAGAUUCUUAAUUUUAUUUGAUCUUUUGACCUGGGAAAUUAAUACUGCGUGAAUCAGAAUCAUAUCUGAGACUUAAAAAACCUUCAAAGAUAUAAGUAUUUACCUUUAUACAUACAUGUUUGUAAAUGACAGUACAUAAUUAAUGUUAAUUUAUUUUGAGGAAGUAAUUACCUCAUUUGCCUUGAAUGUAGGCUAUCUUUGUUUUAAUCUAAUAAAUUUGAAUAAUAAAUAAUCAUCUUUUAUUAGAACUAAAAUAUAAAAAUAUAAUUAACAUGUUUAAAAAGUGAAACAAUGUUAAUAUGAACACCUUGUGGUGUGACAUAUUUGUCUAAGUACGAAUAAAAAGUUGACAAUUAAUGGCAUCAUCAUUUUUUGCCCUUCUUCUCUUACAAAUUCUAGUUUUGACUAAGUGGAAUACUUUGUUGGGUAUCUUUAAGGCAGUCGGUAUUAAUAUACACCAUCAAGAUGGACUUUUAUCUGUUUAUCGAAAUAGUUGCAUUUGCUAGCUACUCUGAAAUAUGGAUACUCGUCAUUCGCAAUAUGUCUAGUACUAAAAGUGACAUUAUGUUCAUUUUAUCGCUGUCAAGUUUAGUUAAAUUAGUAAUAUAUUUCAAGAAAUUGACUAUUAUUCUGGUGAUUGACCGAGAAUUGAUAAUACAAAAUGUUAAGGAUGAAAUAUAAAAACACAAUGAUGGCAAAAUGUAAAGUUAUUUUGACCUAUACAUGUAUGUACACUUGAAUGAGAAUAAUGUAACUUUAUUGUAUUUUAUUGUAAAAUUUAAUUUUGUUACUUUUUUGUUACCAUGCUUACUUUUAAAUGAAUUGUCAUUUGAAUCAUACACAUGCACUUGAACUAUAAACCUUUUAUAUCUAUAAUUAACCUUUUGUCUUGUUUUAAUCAAUAAUCAAAACGGUUCAAUUGUCAUAUUCAGUCCAUCUUAAAUAAACUGAAUUUGGCAUAACAUCAUGUCCUUCAGCAAUUUUGAUUUAAGUUUCAUAAUUGAUCUAUUGCUUAAGUUCAAAUUGAAAAGAAGGAUGCACAAGAUCAAAGUUAUUUAGGCUCAGACAUGUCAGAUUUGGUUCCUGAUUAAAAAAUAAAUAAAUCCAUCUCAUCUUUGUUGAGCUUAUAGAGACAAAAGUCAAAGUCUUUGUCGCAGAAAAUUAUUAUAUUGUUACCUAAAAGUAAAUUAAAAAACAAAAAAGCAAAAAACUUUUAUGAUUAAUAUAAACCAAGAUAAUGGUUUUCUAGCAUACUUGUUGGAAUGAGGUUGGUAUCGCUGUUACUAAAACGAAUUUUUAUUUUGGUAGAUAGGCAUAUUCCGUAGAAAUACAGAUUUUAAGUUGUUUGUAAACUACGCGAUUUGGCUAUCAUAUGAAGACCAUCCUCGGUAACUUAGGCUUUGAACAAUAUAUUAAAUGUAGCAUGUACUAAAUGUGUACAGUGGGUUCCGACAAUGCAUUAAGACAAGCAAAAGAGCAAUGUUAAAAUCAUAAUCAAAAAGAGCUGCAACUUAGAAUUGUGCUUUUAUUGAAUUAAUUCUUGAAAUAUGAGAGUUUUUUUUUAAAUGUAUUUAAAAUACUUAGACCAAAUGAGAGCAAAAUAUAGUUUACUAUAUUCACAAUUUAAAAAGUGAAUUUAAUUUCAGGAGUUUUAUCUUUCGAGUUCUGUAAACAAAAAAAAUAUCAUUAAUAUUGAAAUUUGGUCCCAAGGCGUUGACAUCUGUCUUCUUGAACUUUAAAGUAAAUAUUAAACAAAGUACGUCAAAGUACUUCAAUGUCGUUAGAUGUCGUUAGAUGCAUUAACAUGUCAAAAAUAUAGAAAAUUAUAUUACUUUACUAAAAACCUGAAGCAAUCUAAAUAACUGUCUCGUUAAUUAUACAUAAAUUAACAAACAAUAUUAUCUGAAUUAAUUGGAGGCAUGCCUUACUUUAGAUUGACAUUACUGCCGGUGUUGACGCAAACAAUAUUGCCUUACAUUUUACUUUUAAGAGUACAUCAUUUGAAUGAUUUAGCUUGGACGAUAUUAAAUCAUUAAUUUAGUAUCUAAACAUGAAAUGGUUAUAUCUGAUGCCUGUUUUGCUGACACUGAUG